AAAACUUGUAUUGUAGUAUAUUAUACUCUUUGCUUGUAUCCACUAUCGAUAAUAUCCGCAAUAGUUUCUAAUUUUUUUCAAUUACUCUCUCACUAAGCAAAAAAGAAAUUACAGAAGACAGAAGUCUUACCGGAUAUCACGACGAAUUUUAUCAAAUUUUUCGCAACAAUGGUGCAGAAAGGGCCUCGACCUUUGGUGUUGUGCGGUCCAUCGGGAUCUGGAAAGAGCACUCUGCUGAAGCGCCUUCUUAAAGAAUUUCCUGAUAAGUUUGGGUUCAGCGUUUCUCAUACGACGAGAGGCCCCCGGCCGGGUGAGAAGAAUGGAGUUCAUUACCAUUUCACUACAAAAGAUGAAAUGCUCGCUGCCAUUGAAAAAGGUGAAUUUCUAGAAACCGCUACAUUCAGUGGGAACACCUAUGGGACAAGUAAGAGAGCCGUAGAAGAUGUUCGCCGCACCGGAAAGAUCUGUGUACUGGAUAUUGAGAUAGAAGGUGUGAAACAAGUGAAGCGCUCCGACCUCGACCCUCUGCUGGUGUUUGUGAUGCCGCCUUCAAUCGAAGAGCUGGAGAGGCGCCUGCGUGGACGCAAUACAGAGUCUGAUGAGGCACUGAAGCUGAGACUUGAGACAGCAAGGAAGGAAAUAGAGUUUGGACAGGAACCCGGCAACUUCCACAUUAUCAUUAUGAACGACAACUUGAAUAAGGCGUAUUCUGAACUGCGCGAGUUUAUUGCGCAGAAUGUGAAAGACAACGACCAAGCGUGCGACGGUCCUACGGCCACCGAGUGAACAUUUCAACGCAUGGAGUGGUUUUAACAUUUGCUGGGUUGUUUCACUUUGUGAAUCCUAUCUACAUAACUCCCAUUCGUAUCUUAAAAUAAUUUCGAUUGGGAUUCCCAAUUAAAGAAAAAAACACUAAUGAAAUUUAUGAUAGGUAUUUCAUAAGAAACUGAUUUCUUAUUUUUACAGUCUCCUUAAUAUUCACGAAGGAAUAGUCCGCGUUUUCACUUAGUGUUCUGAACAGUUCUGCGCGAGCAAUAGUUCGUUCGUUCGGUUAAUGGAUCAUUAGUUUGCUCCAAUAGUAAAUGGGAAUAGCAAACAUUUGCUCAAAUCAAAAUGUUUGCUUAGAAUUAGAACACUAAAAAAACGCGGUUGUACAGAGCGUACUUGGGCAAUGUUGCGACUAGCACCACGGUAAAUAAAACUAGAAAUAAACCGAAGUAAUUAGAAGAUAAAUAAAUCAAUCUAAUAGCCUAGCUGACUACUUGGGUACUGUGUACUGUACAGACGAUUUUCGUCAGCGAUUCUUCAGCCAGGAAUAUCCAUAGUUAUACAAAAUGAGUAUUAGAAAGCGCGCGGUUGAUUUUCUUGGUAGUAUCAUUUAUUAAAAUGUAUAUUAUUUCGUGAAUAUUUACGGUUACUUUAAAGAAAUAUGGAGGUUGAAAGGCAGACGAGUUUGUUUAGUUAAUAUUUAACACUGUUAAUGUUUUCAUUUGUGUGCAUUAGUACAAAUUAGAAAAUAUCUCAAGAUUUUAUUGAAGAUCAAUGUUGAUUUUUCAUUAAUUUUACUAGGGGUUGAUAUUAUUAUAUUUAUUGAUUUUCGGGUAAGUUAUAAUAUGUC